AACAACAACGAAAAAUGAUGGAGACUCUUAAAGGCCUCUAGAUUCCCAGGAGGAAAUCCCCCUGUCUCAGAUUGUGGCAGAAGCCUCAGUUUCUCCGUCUGUAAACUGCGCGCGUAACGCCAGCGGACACCAAGGAUCGCCCCAGCCUUUGGCCUGUCCUCGGUCACUGUCCUCGGCCUCGGCGGGGAGCGCGCUGGAAGCCGCCACGGAGGGGACACCUGACCGUCCCCAGCGGGCUGCGCGGGUGGGGGUCCGCGCUGCAGCGGCGCGCGCACCUCUGUUCCCACGCCCUUGCCCGGCUGCUUGUUCACUUGGUUUUGCUCUCGGGCCGGGACGCAGGGACUCCAGCAGCUGCGACUGGAGACUGCUGGUGUGGAGAAGAAAGAGUCCCGGGCAGAGCCAUCCCACUUCUGAGGGCAACUUCAAGACACCGGAGAACACAGACGUCAGCUUGGUGGUUUCCAGAGCCCCUUGCACCCCAGGGUCCAUUCAGAAGCCCUGCAGCUGAGCCAUGCUGGGCCCGACAGGGCCUGCUGCGUGCCCGGCCCACACCCACGGCGGCGAGUGGCCAUGAGUAGCCGCAGCCACAAUGGCAGCGCGGGGCGGCCUCUGGGCUGCGGGCCUGGAUUCCUGGGCUGGGAGCCUGGGGAACCCCAGGCGGGCCGCCCCCCGCAGCCCACCCGAGGCCCAGGCCUGCAGAUGGUGGCCAAGGGCCCGCCUGCUGUGCUGUCACACGGUGGCCCCAGGGGCCAUCCCCAGGAGCAGGAGGAGGAAGAGGAAGAGGAAGAGGAGGACACGACAGGCUCAGGGAAGCCCCCAACGGUCAGCCACCGUCUGGGCCACCGCAGGGCCCUCUUCGAGAAACGUAAACGGCUCAGUGACUAUGCGCUCAUCUUUGGCAUGUUUGGGAUUGUGGUCAUGGUGACAGAAACGGAGCUGUCCUGGGGUGUGUAUACCAAGGGGUCCCUGUGCUCCUUCGCCCUGAAGUGCCUCAUCAGCCUGUCCACGGCCAUCUUGCUUGGCCUCGUCGUCCUGUACCACGCCCGUGAGAUCCAGCUGUUCUUGGUGGACAAUGGCGCCGAUGACUGGCGUAUCGCCAUGACGUGGGAGCGCGUGUCCCUGAUCUCGCUGGAGCUGGCCGUGUGCGCCAUCCACCCGGUGCCCGGUCACUACCGCUUCACGUGGACAGCGCGGCUGGCCUUCUCGCUGGUGCCGUCGGCCGCUGACGCCGAUCUGGACGUGCUCCUGUCCAUCCCCAUGUUCCUGCGCCUCUACCUGCUGGCUCGGGUCAUGCUCCUGCACAGCCGCAUCUUCACCGAUGCGUCCAGCCGCAGCAUCGGGGCCCUUAACCGUGUCACCUUCAACACACGCUUCGUCACCAAGACACUCAUGACCAUCUGCCCCGGCACUGUGCUGUUGGUCUUCAGCAUCUCCUCCUGGAUCGUUGCUGCGUGGACAGUGCGCGUGUGUGAGAGGUACCAUGAUAAACAGGAAGUGACCAGCAACUUCCUGGGAGCCAUGUGGCUCAUCUCCAUCACCUUCCUGUCCAUCGGCUACGGAGACAUGGUGCCGCAUACGUACUGCGGGAAGGGCGUGUGUCUGCUCACCGGCAUCAUGGGAGCAGGCUGCACUGCGCUCGUGGUGGCCGUCGUGGCCCGGAAGUUGGAACUCACCAAGGCUGAGAAACACGUGCACAACUUCAUGAUGGAUACACAGCUCACCAAGCGGGUCAAAAACGCCGCCGCAAACGUUCUCAGGGAGACGUGGCUCAUCUACAAACACACCAGGCUCGUGAAGACGCCAGACCGAGGCCGGGUUCGGAAACACCAGCGUAAGUUCCUUCAGGCCAUCCAUCAGCUCCGGAGUGUGAAGAUUGAACAAGGGAAGGUGAAUGACCAGGCCAACACGCUGGCCGAGCUGGCCAAGGCGCAGAGCAUCGCAUAUGAGGUGGUGUCGGAGCUGCAGGCCCAGCAGGAGGAGUUGGAGGCGCGCCUGGCCGCCCUGGAGAGCCGCCUGGACGUCCUGGGCGCCUCCCUGCAGGCCCUACCAGGCCUCAUAGCCCAAGCCAUAUGCCCUCUGCCACCGCCCUGGGCCGGGCCUGGCCCCCUGGCCACAGCCACCCAGAGCCCACGAAGCCACUGGCUGCCCACCGCGGGAUCAGACUGUGGGUGAUGGCCUGCUGGUCACUAGACUGCUCGGCCUCCGCCAUCGUGUGGCCACAGCUGGACCUCCGGACUUCCGCAUUGACAAGCCUGGGUGGAGCCGAGCCCACUGGACUGGCGUUCGUUCUCCGAGGCUGCCCCGGGAUCCAUGCCCCCUUAAGCUGUCCCCAGCCCCAGGAGGGCAAGGAGGGGGUCGCGGGGCAGGGGGUGGUGAGCACCUCCCAGAGGCGGCGGGUGACCUGGCCUUUGGAUUCCAGAAUGGGCGGGGGCAGGGGGGAAGUCGCUGCGCACGCGUUGAGUGCCUGCUGUCUACAGGGACUGAAACUUUUCUUCAGGACCUUUCUAGCUGGAGUAAGAUCGAGAGUGGAGGCCGCUUCCCGGCGGCCGCACAGCAGGGGUCUGAGUGAGGCAAGCACGCCUGGCAAACAGAACGGGUGGGGCGGGUUCUGCUUCAUCAGGUGGGGAAUCCUGAUGUCAAAGCAAGGGCGGGCGCCGGGAGGUGCAGGCCCGAGAGGGUGAGGCCAGGGUCGCCACAGUCCCUUCAGACCUCAGGUUCCCGACUUUGACGCCUCACAGGGAUAGGCGGCCGUCAGAGCAGCCAUGGAGUCCAAGUCAUCGCAGCUCCUGAUAAGGCCAUCAGGAGGAUGGUGGCCUGUGCUGGGGUCCCUGGGGAGGAGCUGUGGGGUGGGACUGGGUUUACUCCGCUGCUGUGGGGCAAGUCCGUCAGGGAAACAGGCCUAACCCAACCCCACACCGGUCAGACAGUAGGUGCUUAAUAAAUGCUCCCUCCUUCCUGAGACGGCCCCUGGGGGCUUGGGGAAGGUCCUGUCCCUUCUGAGCUCAGUGUUAGCUCCUGUCCAUCAGAAAGGGGACUGGGAUCAAAGCCGGACCAGAAGAAAUAAAACAAGGCAGGUCAAUGCGACACACGCCUUUAUCCCUAACACUUGGGAGGCAAAGGCAGGUGGAUGGCAAUGUCUACACAGUAAGACCUGGGGGGUGGCGCCGAAAUAAACAAGGCUGUAGGU